GCUGGAUCAGAGCUUGGGUCCCAGCAUGGUCCCCUCGACUUGGGCCAUCUGCUGCCUCCUAGGGAGCUUCUUGCUCCAUGGGGGCAGCCCCAGUCCUGGUCCCAGCCCCAGUGUGCCCCGUCUGCGGCUCUCCUACAGAGAUCUCCUGUCUGCCAACCGCUCUGCCAUCUUUCUGGGCCCACGGGGCUCCCUAGACCUCCAAGUCAUGUACCUGGACGAGUAUCGGGAUCGCCUCUUUCUGGGAGCCCGUGAUGCCGUCUACUCUUUGAGGCUGGAUCAGGCAUGGCCAGACCCCCGGGAGGUCCUGUGGCUGCCACAGCCAGGACAGAGGGCAGAGUGUGUCCGGAAGGGAAGAGAUCCUUCGACAGAGUGUGCCAACUUUGUGCGAGUCUUACAACCCCACAACCGGACCCAUCUGCUGGCCUGUGGCACUGGCGCCUUUCAGCCCAUCUGCACCCUCAUCACAGUGGGACAUCGUGGGGAGCAUGUGCUCCACCUGGAACCAAGCACUGUGGAAAAUGGAAGAGGGCGCUGCCCACACGAGCCAAGCCGUCCCUUUGCCAGCACCUUUGUAGGUGGGGAGUUGUACACAGGCCUCACUGCUGAUUUUCUUGGACGUGAGGCCAUGAUUUUCCGAAGUGGGGGUACCAGACCAGCCCUGCGUUCUGACUCUGACCAGAGCAUCCUACAUGACCCCCGGUUUGUGAUGGCUGCUCGGAUCCCGGAUAACUCCGACAGGGAUGAUGACAAGGUGUACUUCUUCUUCUCUGAGACUGUCCCAUCACCAGAUGGUGGCCCAGGUCACGUCACCAUCAGCCGCGUGGGCCGCGUCUGUGUGAAUGAUGCUGGCGGCCAGCGGGUACUGGUGAACAAGUGGAGUACCUUCCUCAAGGCCAGGCUGGUAUGCUCUGUGCCUGGCCCCGGUGGGGCUGAGACUCACUUUGACCAACUGGAGGACGUGUUUCUGCUGUGGCCCAAGGCAGGGAAGAACCUUGAGGUGUAUGCGCUGUUCAGCACCGUCAGUGCUGUGUUCCAGGGCUUUGCCGUCUGUGUGUACCACAUGGUAGACAUCUGGGAGGUCUUCAAUGGGCCCUUUGCCCAUCGAGAUGGCCCUCAGCAUCAGUGGGGACCUUAUGGGGGCAAGGUGCCCUUCCCCCGUCCUGGCGUAUGCCCUAGCAAGAUGACCGCACAGCCUGGGCGACCCUUUGGCAGCACCAAGGACUCCCCAGAUGAGGUGCUGCAGUUUGUCCGAGACCACCCACUCAUGUUCCAGCCUGUGAGGCCCAGGCGUGGACGCCCUGUCCUGGUCAAAACUCACUUGUCUCAGCAGCUGCGCCAGAUUGUAGUGGACCGAGUGGAGGCCGAGGAUGGGGUCUACGAUGUCAUCUUCCUAGGGACCGAUUCAGGGUCUGUGCUCAAAGUCAUGGCCCUCCAUGCUAGUGGCUUGGCUGAGCCUGAAGAAGUGGUCCUGGAGGAGCUCCAGGUAUUUAAGGUACCAACACCCAUCACCCAGAUGGAGAUCUCUGUCAAAAGGCAAACGCUGUACGUGGGCUCUCCACUGGGCGUGGCCCGGCUGCAGCUGCACCAGUGUGAGACUUACGGCAGUGCCUGUGCUGAGUGUUGCCUGGCCCGGGACCCAUACUGUGCUUGGGAUGGUUCGUCUUGUACCCGCUACCGCCCGAGUUUGGGCAAGCGCCGGUUUCGUAGGCAGGACAUCCGGCAUGGCAACCCUGCUCUGCAGUGUCUGGGCCAGGGCCAGAACCACGACAAGGAAGCUUCAGGACUGGCGACCAGAGUCUUUGGCACAGAGUACAACAGCACCUUCCUUGAGUGUCUGCCCAAGUCUCCCCAGGCUGCAGUGCGCUGGUUCUUACAGAGACCGGGGGAUGAGGGGACCGACCAGGUGAAGACAGACGAGCGAGUCGUGCAAACAGAGCAGGGGCUGCUGUUCCGGAGGCUCAGCCGCCUGGAUGCAGGAAACUAUACCUGCACCACACUGGAGCAUGGCUUCUCCCAGACUGUGGUUCGUUUUUCCCUGGAGGUGAUAGCAGCUGUGCAGCUGGACAGCCUGUUCCUUCGGGAGCCAAGGCUGGAGGAACCCUCAGCCUGGAGAGGCCUGGUCUCUGCCUCACCCAAGUCGUGGUAUAAGGACAUCCUUCAGCUCGCUGGUUUUGCAAACCUGCCCCGUGUGGAUGAGUACUGUGAACGUGUAUGGUGUAGGGGUGUGGGGGAGCGCGCAGGCUCCUCCCGGGGCCGGGGGAAGCAGGCUAAGGGCAAGAGCUGGGCAGGGCUGGAGUUGGGCAAGAAGGUGAAGAGUCGGGUGCUGGCUGAGCACAACAGGACACCCCGGGAGGUAGAAGCCGCAUAGAAGAUGGCUGAGGAGGGAGUGGACAGGCUGGGCUGGGGGACUCAACACCAUCUCCCUCCCACCCAGCUAGAGCAGAGGAGGCCAGGGCACCUGGUUAUCUCUUAGAGAUGGAAUUCUCUACCACCUACAGGCAAGACUAGAGGCUGGUGGGAGGGACCGUGCACCUCAGCCUCCCCCUGCCCUUCUCUGUGUUCUCUGUCCCAGGCUGGAGCUGGCACCCCUUGAUUAUAUGUCCCAAGGGGCCUGCUAUUUGUUCUCAGAGAUGGCGUGGCUUCCGGAGCACAUUUCCCGUUGUGCCCAGAGGCAAGACGGUUGGGUGGUUCUUUCUCAGCUUGCAGAACAAUAGCCAUUCUGAGUGGGUGUAUAGGUGGCUCUGAGGGGUGUGUUGGCAGUUCACCAGAGAAGGGGAAAGCAGCCUUGUAAGAUGGCACUCACGAAGAAGCUCUUGCCCCAACAGAGGUGUGAGAGAAGGUGACAGAGUGAGGAGGGAGGGGAGCACUCUUCACCUGCCUCCAUGGUUGGUUUCUGAUAGACGUUUCUCUGCCUCAGCCCAUCACCCUCUCAUACUUACAGAGGAAGGGAUUGCUGGAGCCUGGAGGUGGCCUGGCUCCCCCUUUACACCAGCAUGGUACCCAUUUACCAGGUCCCAAACUGUCAGGCCACGUUUGUGGGGUGCCCGCACCUCACCAUCUGGAGGAGGUCUAUGGGGUGGAGAGAGGGGAAGAAAGCAGCUGCAGGAGGCACGGGCUACUUCCUAACGGUGAGGUUAGAAGUGGGCUCCCUGAGAACUGCAGCCAGUGGGCGGGGCCAGCAUGCUGGGCUUUGUCUAGGGUCACAAGGAACUAGAGAGGGGUGGGUCCCUGACAGGUCCCUGGCAGGUCCCUGACAGGUGUCCUCAAGAAUCAAAGUGACAUCAAUUGGUUCAGGAGUUACUGGGUAGGCCAGACAUUUCCAACCCUGAGUCUAUAUUUUCUGCUAGACAUAGGGUGGUCAUGAUGGCUCAUUUAUACGACUCCCAUGUUUUUCGUGGUACUUGGGGUUGAACCCAGGGCCUCACGCAUGCUGGAUUGCCGCUGUGCUCUGCCGCUGAGUUAUAACCCAGCUCUCAUUUUCUCUUUUUAAUGGAGACCAUGGAGAAGAAACUGGUGGAGUGGCAGUUCUGCUGUUCUAGGAGAGGCUGGGUAGCAAGGGCACAUCUGGCCCAGGCUGGAGGGGAGGGGCUUUGCCAUCAGCUGUCUCUCCAGCUGGGGAGCGGAGUGGGGGAGGAGGACAAUUAAAUGAAAAGCUAUUCCCAGCCCGAGGGUGAACAAGUUAGUGACGCACAAGAGGGCAAGUGUGAGAUCCCUCCUUUGAAAAGAAGGAAAAAGAAAAGAGGGGGGGGAGGAGAAAGCAAGAUAGAGGUUCUUGUUUUAUUGAAGUCCAAACUGUGGGUUUAUUUCCUCUAUCUGCCCCCCCCCCAGUGCUGGGAUCUGAACGUGCACCCCUUCUCCACUUGCUCAUCCGGCGAACAGCCCUGAAAUCCACCCGCCCAAACCCAGAUUCCCUUCUACUUGUGGGUGCCACCCCUUGGAUAUUGGUGGAUUAAACAAGAGGCGAGAGGAAUGGGUGGAAGCUGGGGGAAAGAAGGGAUGUGGAGAUAGAGGAAAUGAAGGUCGUAGACCCUUUAGAAGGAGGAGGCCCUGAGAAGACAGAAAGUGGCAACCUAGCCCUCAGUGGCCUUUGGACCGACUCUACUUUGCCAAGCCCUGGGUAGGAUCCUCUGGAGAAACAUAGGGAGAAAGAAAUUGACAUCCCGAACAAUGUUCCCCUCUGCUUGGAAAUAGGACAGCUCCUGUCGACAGCCGCCCUCCCCAUGGUACCGUGGUACGAACACCUAGGAACACUGCGUGAACUGUGUUUGAGCUAGUGUUUUGAAACGGGCCUUUUGGCUUCUCGGUCUUCCAAGCAUAGUUACUGAAAUUGCUGUUGAUAUUUUUAUUGUCGUGGUUACUUUUGAGCUCUGAUGAGGGACGCAGAGCCAUAAAGGGAUGAAAAAAAUAUUUAUAUCACCC